AUGGCGGGUCUUGACACGCUAGUGACGCUACCGCACGCGACAGAGAGCGUCACGCAGUACGACAACGAGGCCUUCACCGACGAUGACCAGGGCGAGGAUCGUCCGGCCCCGUCGCCGUCAGUGUCGCCGUCAUCGGCGAAACCUUCGCCCCGUCUUCUGCCACCACUUAGAGAACGGGUCGCCGAAACCUCAGAUGCCGAACUCAGCUCCGGGAGCCAGACUCCGAGUUCCGUGGCCAGCUCGAGGGUCACCGAGGGUCACCGCAGGCGUCGGAGGAUAUCCGAGACUCGCCGCCCGCGGGAGCAGCCUAGAGCAACGCGUGCGAGGCUAACGCCACCUAUGCCACUUCCUCGAAAGGGACAAGUUCGACAGGCAGAAGCUGAAGAAGAAGUAAUCGAGAAAGCACUGAGAAAGCGUCGCGAAGCGCUCGCGAGAUGGAAAUCGAGUGCUUCGUCCGCUCUCCGCCAGUCAGCAGAACUAGCCGAGAAGACGCUGGUCGAAGAAGCAACGGAAUUUUUCACCCGGAAAUGGACCAAGGAAGCGACCUCCGGUAGCGCCAAGGAAAUAAAGGACAAGGAAUUAAAGGAAGCUGGUCGCUCAUCCACCUUCGGCGCUGGUGAAAUCACGUCCCAAGGAGCGGCAGCCGACGUCAACGAGACUUCACGCGAAGCGGACGAAGACGAGGAGAACCUCCUGACGUCAGGCGACUACGUUCCCGAUGUUCCUGAGCUCGCGUGCAAGAUUGUCAAGGCGGAGUACAAACCAAGAGUCGACGCCAGCCUGCACUUCCCUUCAUCCUCGAAAGGUACGUGCUUUAUGCAGGAGCUGCAGUGGUUCACCAGUGGUGGGGCCGUCAAAACGACACGAAUUGCAAUUGGGGAUAAGCCGUACCGUCUUCGGAGUUACGAGGAUAAUGCUAGAGCUUUUAGCCCAAGAUACACGAAGGCGAUGAACUGCGUUCCGUACCGGUGCGACUCCGAGCCGGAGCUUGAACUGGAGCUGGACGUGUCCUCGCUGAAGUUCCAGCACCACCCGCUGUUCAGCUCGGAGCAUGUGCUAGCGGCCCAGCUGACCAGUCUGUACGACGCGUACGCCGCGCUUGCGCUUUCCGGACACCAGGCGUCGCCACCCUGUAAAGAGGAGAUGAAUUCGCUCAGAGAAGGCUUGGACAAACUCAACGAGGAGGCCAGCGAGCGUGAAUUUUUUCAAAUAAGGCGAAAAAUUUUGGACGUUAUAGAACAGCGGCAGAAAGCGGACGCUCAGACGGACACCCUGAAAGCAGUCGUGGAGAAGAUGAAACGCGUUUGGGAAGACAUGGAGCAGUUGAGGAGGACGCAGGGAUACACCAGUACCGCUGUGACCCUCAAGUUUCGCAGAAGGCAUAGAAGGACGGAGAGUGAAGGGGCGACUGAAAGUACGCCUCCUCAGGAUGCGCCAGCCGAAGAGGAACUGUUCUCCGAGGAAGUCGAACUGAGGAGGUUGCUCCAACAGGUAGACUGGAUGGAAUACGAAAUGAGGCUGCACCUUUGGCACCAACAGAAGCAGAUCAAGCAAGGGGAAGGCGUCCAAGGUGAGGAAGCGGAAAUGUACAAGCCAGAACCUCCGGCGGACAUCGUCGAAUCUGAAAUUGCCGAUCUCGUUCGUCGAAGGAUCGAGAAGAAGAGAGAGGCGACAGAGUACGUAUACUACUUGACCCGAGGAAAAACGACACCUGCUCACCAGUGCCCCAGCGAGGAACAGCAGAGAAGGCAAGACGUUGCGAAAACCAGCGUUCAUCUCAGAAUCAUGUUCAACGAGAAGGAGGUCUGCAAAACGGACGCGAGACCACUCGGCGAAGAGUUCACAGUCGUUUGGGGUCAGAUAUUCGCGCUGCGAAUCCUUCAGUUCCCGAGGACAAUCAGCCUCGAGGUGUACGAGACGAGGGGCGUGCUCUCGCAGAAGUUGGCCGACGUGCCGGUGCCGAUCCCGGAAGCCGAACAGACCACGUCCAACACGUGCCUCGCGGCAGUUCACUUCGCCAGCGAGAAGACCGUGUCCACGUUGCACGCCGGGGUCGGCUGUGGAGUCCGCCUCGAGGUAGGUCGCGGCGGUCCCCUCUGGCUCAGCCUCAACGGACAGCUCAGCUGCAGUCUGGCGUGGGCGGACAACGCCGCUGGCCGAAACGUCGUCAUCAGAACUGGAACCGCCAUGAACGCCCGGUACGUGUUAGCACGAGUUAGACAAACGAAGUCCGGGAAAGGAAGGCUCGGCACCAUCCUCAACCGAUCCAAGCUCAGGGCACUGGCUCAGGAGCAGCAAGGAAAUCUCACGAGCAGCGCCAUGCUUCCACUGAAGAGCAAAGACAGCAGCAGCGGUGGUGGCCUGGAGUUCUGCGACAAGGUCGAACUGGAGAGAAACCCACGGUUCUCGCUGCUGAUGCUUCGAAACUCUGGCGUCGCGCAGUUCCGAGACUUCGCCAUGGUGCCCCUCAUGAUCAACGAGUACACCGUACCGCUCAUGGAGAAAAUAUACGCGAAGGAAGCGCGCAAGGAAAGCCUCCCAGGCCAUGUGCACCACGAUCCAAUCGAAGCUCGGCAGGCGAGGAUGUCGCACGCCAUCAAGGAGAUGCGAGAGCAGGUCUUAAGACAAGUGUACGAGUCUCAGACGCACAGGGUCUUGGAAGACAUCGUGAUUGAAGAAAAAAUGCCGUUCAUUGGUUCGCUGGGCUUCGGCCUUUUGAAGCUGGCCAAGCGACGUCGACCCCUGCGUCCAAGUCGCAGAGAGCGCCGACGUGUGACGGGUCAGAGUGCGGCGGCUGCCGACGCCCAGAUCCUGGUCACCGUGCUCAGGGCGUCCAACGUGCCCGUGCGGAGGGACACCGACGCCUCUUCUGGCCUGCUGGACGACGUGAUGGAGUACCAGGUGCGUCCUUUCGUCGAGAUCAUGUUCCAGCAACGCACGGCGAGAACUUUCGUCGCCGACGGGCCCCACCCCACGUGGAACCAGGAACUGAGGCUGCCCAUCACGUGAGCUCCCGAGGAAGGUGUGGUGAAAGAUGUGAUCUACCUGAACCUGUUCGACGAAGUGGUUCUCGACCUGUUGGAGGACGACCGCGAGCGCCACAGCACCGUGCACCAGCGACUGGAGAGACGGUGGCUGGGCAGCCUCAAGAUACCCUUCUCAACCCUCUACAUCAACGCCAAGAUCGAAGGCACGUUCCGUAUCGAUGUUCCCGUCGUCCUUCUGGGCUACGCGCACGAGGUCAAGCCAUGGUCCCCGGCGCAAGACGCGCCGGCGUCGAGUACCUACGUGUCCUUCUACAUGACGGUGGAGCCGGGGCUGCAGUCACCCGAGGUUCUCAGGGCACGGUGCGACAGCGACGAGCCCCCUCAGCUGGUCCAGCAGGCCGAGGAGUGGCAGAGCUCAUUGGAGUCCCGCUACCCUCGCCGCUUCGUCAAGGCACUUGCGAUGGACGCCUCGGGCAAGUGGGUGUUCGUGCCUCGCUUCCUGAGGCCCCUGGCGCCACCCCAGCAGCUCCUGGACUCGGCCAGGCGCCCAAGCCUCGUCGAGGACGUCUCGUCUACGACCGGGGACAUCAUGGCACUGGCUGCUCGUUUCGUGUCCCUUAUACCGACGCUGUCAGACAGCGUCUUGUUUCCGGGGCUUUGUGACAUUUGGAGCACUUGUGACCAAUUCCUGCACGUCCUGACGGGUGACGAAGAGGAACACGCUCUGCUUCUCUGCAACUACUUCCUGCACCUGGGCGCAGAGGCGUACCUGCUGCUGGGCAGCGGAAUACCCGAGGGUCAGACCGCGUACGUGCUGACCCGCAACGCCUCCAGGGGGCGCGAUGACGUGCGCAUCUGGAACGCCGUGACGGGGCGCUCGUACAGCGUCACAGACAGCUACGGGCCGCUGCAGAGCGUCGGCUGCCUCGUCGGCGUCGACAACAUCUGGGCCAACGUACAGAAGCACGAGCAUCCUUCGAGGCUGUCUUACAACUUGAGCAAGUCCAGUCAUUGGAAGCCGUUCUUCGCCAAGGGCAAAGUACCGCCGACCCUCGACUCCGUGCAGCCGAGUGAGCUGUCGUACGAGCCGACCGACCCUUCGUACGUGUCCAGGCUGCAGCAGAAGAUCGAGUACGCGCUCAAGGAGAGCGUCAUGAAGUGGCGCAAGCGGUUCCGCACCUCGUGGAACCGCUACGCAAGCCAGGUACUCCGCAAGAUACUACCCAGACUCGAGUCGAUGGCGUCGGCAUCAGCCUGUACCGACGAUAUCCAAGAACUCUCUGAGAUACUUACUUCUUACAAGAUGAGUGGCUUUCCGCUGUCAAUGAGCUUCACGGAUGUGGAGACGGUCAUCGAGAUGGUGCUCUCCACCGGAGUUCACCUGACCGAGUCCAGAAACGUGGAGUUCGCCCUGGCAGUCCACAUCCACCCUUACCCGUCCGGCGUGCUCGCAGUAUGGGUGUACAUUGCGGCACUGACGAGAAAGUCCUGAGCGCCGAUAG